CAUAAUUAGGUUUUGAACUUGAUCCCCACCGGUUGGUUUCGUUCUUCUCGAUGGCGGCGGAGAGCAGCAGGGAGCUCCUGGACCAGCCAUCGGCGCCGCCACUCCUGCGCAGGCUUCUCGUGUCCGGCACGACGCAUAAGCGAGGACGCACCGCCAAAGCGGCCAAAGGCGCGGCGGCGGCGGCGGCACCUCGAAGCCAAGUGAUGGACAAAGUGAAGGACUUCCUGGGCGUGAUCGCUAAAGCCAACGACAAACUGGAGCUCGACGUCCGCGAGAGAUCGCGCGCGGACUACGACGUCGAGGUGCUCAGCGGCAACGAGAAGACGUACAUCGAGAUGGAUCUGCUCCUGGGCGUCGCCGACCUCCACGACGACGAAGCCGUGGCGGCGGCGGAGGCUGCCAUGAGCGGCGCCACGCCACCGUCGCUGCCUGCCGCUAGCGACGCCUCCUCCGACACAGGCGACGGCUCAAGCGACGAGAAGGAAGCAUCUAGUGGAUCGGAGAAGAAGCGCAAGCAGAACAAGCGGCCGAAGAUCGUAGUGCUGGAUCCAUCUGAUGCGAGUUCGAUGCAAAUGCAAUAGUGACUACUAGACAUAGACAUUGUGCUGCUGUUAUUCUAAUCCCUUUCUCGUAGCUCACAAUUCCUUACAAUUUUAAUCUUUUACUGAAGGCCACUCCAUUGAUCUUA